AUGGCUGCCAAUUCAAAAGGAUUAACAGAAAAAGAUCUUGCUGAGCUGAAGUCCCGUUUGGAACAAGAAAGUCUCCAAAACGUCUUAGCCGAUACUGAUCAAGAAUUAAAACUAUUAGAGAACACAACACUUCACAUUGCUGUCACAGGGAAUACGGGAGCUGGUAAAUCAUCCUUUGUGAAUGCCUUUCGGAACAUCUCAGAUCAUAAACUAGGUGCAGCUAAAACCGAUGUGGAACAGACAACUAUGAAGCCAGAGAAAUAUCCGAAUGAUAUAUUUCCAGAAAUAACGUUAUGGGAUCUACCAGGGAUUGGGACACGUGAAUUUAAAGCAAAUAAAUACUUAGAGUCCGUGAAUUUUAGCAGGUACGAUUUCUUCAUCAUCGUCUCUGCAAUACGCUUCACUGUGAAUGAUACAAUGCUGGCCUUAGAAAUUAAGAAGAUGAAUAAGCGGUUUUACUUUGUUCGCACCAAAGUGGAUCAGGAUAUGGAUAAUGAGAGAAGGAAGCCAAACUUCAGUGAGACACAAACCUUGGAAAAGAUAAGAAAUGACUGCAUUUCCAAUUUGAGGAAAGACGGAAUUGUCAGUCCAAAGGUUUUUCUCAUAUCCAGAUGGCAUUUGACUAUGUAUGAUUUCCCUAAACUCCACAAGACCCUAGCAGAUGACCUGAAUGUUCUUAAGAGACCUCUUCUAAUCAUGGCGAUGCCAGCUUUCUCAAGAGAACACCUGCAAGAGAAAAAGGCUGAGAUGGAAAAGCUAAUCUGGAAAAAAGCUCUUAAGUCUUGUGGUGUUGGGGCGAUCUUUGUGCCUGGUCUCUCUGUUGCUUACGACGUUCACCUCUUAGUAUCAUCCAUGAAAGAGAUCUGCAGGGCUUUUGGCCUGGAUGAAGCUUCCCUCUGUAAUCUCGCAGAACGGAUUCGCAAACCAGUGGACGUGCUGAAAUCUGCGGUCAAGAAGACUCCGAUGGCUAGCCAGAUUGAUUCGAAAUUUGUGCGGUCUCUCGCAACCAAGUUCCUGGCGGUCGGCUCCGCAAUGGUGGUGGAAGAGCUUGCACGCUGCAUUCCAGUUUUAGGCUCUCUAGUUGGUGGAGCUACUUCUUUUGCCACCACACGUUACGUGCUGAAGAGCUUCCUAGAAGAUGCCAUGGAAGAUGCCCAGAGUGUUCUGGCAAAAGCUACUGAGUAA